CCAUUCAACAACACAGCAAUAAAAGCCAUGGCGAGCACCAACGAAGGCCAACAUGAGGGCAACGCAAUCGAGGGGCGUUUAGCAUCGUGUUCGGCGCCGCUGAUUGACGAUCGAAAGCGCAACUGGGCGGAAGAGGCCGUCCUCGUGCUGGUGCGCUCGUGGCGCGAGGUGGAACGAAAGGGGCGACGGGAGGGCGAGAAGGCGAGCCAGUUCACCGAGCGCAUUUGUGCCGCCUACAAAGCGGUUGUUAAGGGGUCACCGCGCUUUCCGAAAGCUAUCGACGACAAAAUGCAGGCGCUAAAGGAGAUGUACAGGUUCAUAUGUGACUUCAACGGCAACCGUAUCCAAGGAAGUACAGGCAAGCCAGGUUGGUUCGAUUUAACAAAGCAGGAGAAGAAAGAGCUAAGGACGUACCACCGUAUCAAGAGUCCUAACAUUAGCCAGCGCGUGUUCGACGCCAUGGACAGUUUUUUAUCCGGCCAGGCCGACACGUCCCCGCUGCGCGCGUCGUUUUCUGCCUCUGUAAGGCUUGCUGCUGAAGAUACUCAGUGUAGCAGCCCUGACGCGCUGUUUGGCGACGACCGUGAUACCGAAAACACGGAGAAGGACCCCCACAACACGGGCAGAAAAAGCGGUAAGCGAAAGCGCACAGACAACUGCGGCUGGGGCUCUUGCCCCAAGACGGACCCUCCCGUUUGUGGAAGCAACGGUGUCACCUACAACAACAAAUGCGACUUCGACAAGGCCAACUGCAUCGGCGGUAAUCUCAAGUGGCACGUGGCGCACCAGGGAAAAUGCCGGAAACUCUAA